AUGCGUAGUGCAAAAGUUUUGGUUAUCAACUUAGGAGCUUUGGGUACCGAAAUCACGAAAAAUUUGGUUCUCAGUGGAAUAGGUUCACUCUCCCUCAUCGAUAAUCACACCGUUGGUGCUCAAGAUUUGGAAUCACAAUUUUUCCUGAGCAAAAGUGACCUAGGAUCCAAGCGUCUAGAUGCAGCAGCGUCCAGAAUCCAGGACAUGAAUCCAAGAGUAGAAUUGAACUUCGACAAAGACGACUUUCGAACAAAGCCAGAUUCAUACUUCCAACAGUACAAUUUAAUUGUUGCCACAGACCUCCACAGCGCUGAUAUAGUCAAGCUCAAUGCCAUCAGUCGGCGCUUCAAUGUUCCGCUUUUUGUUGCAGGACUAAACGGACUCUCCGGUUACAUCUUUGUCGAUCUAAUCCAGUUUGAUGCUACUGAUGAAAAACUGAAAAGCUCCAUGGCCACUCCACUAAGCCGACUGUCUCAAAACCGUGAGGUGAUCGAAGUUUUAGAGCACUUCAAUGAAGAACAGAACAAGACUUACGAGAGAAUUGUCACGCGAAACAGUUAUGUACCGUUUGAGAAGAUGCUAAAGGCUGGCUCUCUCAAAGGUAAACUUACUCGAAGACAACUCAAGCGCCUAACCAAUGCAGUUCCUCUUACUCUGGCUCUUUUCGAUUACGAUGACGAGAUUGUGAGUAUCACCGCACAGAACCUAAAGGAAAAAGCAACAGAGAAAUGCAUACAACUAGGUUUGCCUGCGGAAAACUUGCAACAAAAAUACAUCGACCAGUUUGCAGAACAGGCAGGUCUCGAUUUUGCGCCUGUGGCUGCAGUCAUUGGCGGUGCAGUAGCUCAGGACGUUAUCAACAUCCUGGGUAAAAAACAAUCGCCCUUGAACAACUUCAUUGUGCUGGACGCUAUAACCCUGGACAUGCAUAUUUUCGAGCUUUAA